GUCCUGCUCCUAUGACGUAAUUCUUCACCGUCCCAACUGAGAGUGCGGCUGGUUUUGUUGUCAUGGUAACGCUCAUCAAGCAGCAUGGCGGAGGAGAAACUUUCAUUUGAGCAAGCGUUCACAUUCAACUUGCUGUCCAAAAAAACGUCCACGUUUCAGCAAGACCCAAAAAUAACAAGACUCCUGAUGAAAUGGUCGAUGUUGGGUCGCAUAACCACCCAGGCAUUUAACUUUGACCAACCCUUCCAGCCUUAUAGGUGGAACGACUUUGCCUGGAAUUUCUUCCAAGAUCCCUGUGUAAAGUACAAUUUGAAGGUACUUGAUAACUCUGGAUCAUGGACACUGCUGGGUAGAGACGUCACACAUGUAAAUGCUGAAGUUGUUCCUUGUACAAAAGUGUCAGUGGAAAUGUUUGAUCCAAUUUACUCAAACGAUAUUGUGCACCCCUCUGGACACAUUGUCAAAUGUUACCAUGAAAUACACCCUAACUUUGAUGAGUUACGAAUGAUUUUGCUUGAAGAGGAUUCUGACAAUUAUCAUAAAAUCAGUGCAGAUGAUCGUCAGGAAUUUUUGUUCAGAGUGUUCAAGCAUAUGGUAUUAGGAGGUGAACUUUGCCAAUAUGAGGAUGUUAUUCACCCUUACAUUGACAGUGCUAAAAUAAUAUACAAAGAUAUGGUCAGUGUUCAGAAGGACCCGGGCACAAAAGAGAUUAGAGUGGUCUCAACGGUCUUGAAGGUUUCUGCUUAUGAUAUGUCUGGAUUGUGCUACCCAGCUGCAGUAGAAAAUGAGCAGACGUUUGCUUACCUCUGUAUUGAUCCAUUCAAGAGGCAUGUGUAUGUAUUAUACCAUUCGUUCGGUAUAGGGGAUUUUUCAGAGAAACACUGAAAAACAUAUAUUAUAAAAUACAUGUAUAUGGUUAUUAGUACACAUAUUUGAAUUUGGAAAUUUGUGAAAAGAACUUUGAUGGAAAUUGUUUUUGUUAUUAUAUUGGCCAAGUUGUUCUUGUUAAUUAUACAUAGUUGUUCUAAUUCUUGUUUUUUUUCCACAAUUUUUUUAUAAAGUACACUAAUAGCCUAUGUUAUGCAUGAAAUACUCUAAUCUUUCUUUGUUUAUAUCUACAAUAUAUUAUUAUGUGUUGUACCUGUCCUUUUAGUAAAGGUUAAGAGCCAAAAGUACAAUUAGCCUACAUGUGUGUUUUUAAAAAUGGUAUUGAUGAUACAAUUAAAGAUUGGCUUGCUUCACUCCCAUUCUCCCUUUUAGAUCUUCAUUCAUUUAUGAAAUAAUUAAAUAUGUUGUCCUUUACAUUUUUAUAGUACUUAUAUCACAACAGGUAUUGUUUAAUUAAGUUAAGUAACAACUUUCCCCGGGUAUUUUAUACCUGAACUUUCAAACGCGUGAUUCUUGUAAGCAUACCAUCAGAUAUUUCCUUAUUUAGUCAUUUAUGAGCCUAAAAACUAAGUAGCCUAUGUGAUUCUAUAAUUACGGGUACAUACCAUGUCCAUGGGGUGUAUUUAUCAAUUUGACUAAAUAUUCAUUUCAAGCAAUGACCAAUUUUAUAUUAGGUGAUAUUUCUCUUUCUUUUAAUACAGAAAGUUAGCAAGUUCUUUAAUUAUUUAGCAAAAAAUGCAAAUAAUAUACUGGAAUUUUCCAGUUUUUGUGCUGUCCGAUUUCAUACAUUUCAAGUUUGCUCUUCAAAAUUAACCCUAUAAGACAUG